AUGAACACUGUUGAAUUUGAUUAUGAUGCAUAUUUUGAUGGUUUAGAAAGUGUUGAUAAACUUUCUAAUAAUACAACAUCACCAACAACAACAUCAACAGAAUAUGAUUCAGAUUAUGGAAUAGCACAUACACCUAUCAUGACAAAUCAAUUAGAUAAUACAGUUAUUGAUUUUGAUACUCUUGAUAUACUUCCAUUAAAUAUGGAAAGUCCAUUAUCAGAUGAUCCAAAUGAUGAAUUCAAUCGUUUCUCAGCUCUAUUUGAUGACAAAAAUCCAUUAAUAUCUAAUGAUAAUUCAACAUUUGAAAAUUUAUUUUCUAAUAUUGAUUUACCCAUUGAACUAAAUCAAGAAGCAUCCCAACAAAUACCAUCAUCUCAAUCACCAAUUCUAUUAUCACCACCAUCUGAUAUUCGUUCAAUAAAUAAUUGUAUAAAAGUUCAAUCAUAUACAAAUCCAUCAUCAAAUGGAGCAAAAUUUAUUAAAGUUGAACCAAUUAAUCGAAAUACAACUAUAAGAAUAAUAAAUCCAAUAACAAUGUCAAAUUUACCAAUAAUAAAAAUGCCAUUAUCAACAAAUGAAUCAAUUAUAAAAGAUCAAAAUCAAAUAAUAAUUCCACCAUUAAAACGACGUCGUUCUAAUAGUCCAAUAACAAAUGAACAAAUAUCUGAACAACCUAAAUUGACAAUUGAUCAACUUAAACUUCAAUAUGGAAAUAUGACUGAAGAAGGAUUAAAAAAACAUAUUCGAAUGAUUAAAAAUCGUGAAUCAGCAUCACUUUCACGUAAACGACGAAAAGAAUUAAUGGAAAAUCUUGAUGUUAAAGUUAAAUCAUUAACAGAUGAAAAUGAACAAUUAAAGAGAGAAAAUUCUAAAUUAUUAACUCGUAUUCAUACAUUAGAACUCGAGAAUGAAUUAUUGAAAAAUCAUAUACCAUCAAGACAACGACAAAAACCUCUUAUACUUAUGGGAAUUGUUCUACUUGUUGUUUUUAAUCUAUUUACAAUAAAAUCCUUUUCACCUACUUCAAAUAAUAUAUCCGGUUCAAUUGAUAUCUAUAAUAAUCAACGAUCAGUUGUUCCUAGUCGAACAAUACUUAGUCAUCGUUCAAUUAGAGAUGAUUAUGAUUUGGAUAAAAAUUCAAAUUAUAAUGAUAAUCCUUCAUUAACACCAAAUUAUCCUUAUAUACAAUGUGUAGCUUAUAUUAAUAAAACACAUUCACAAAGAAUAAAUCGAGAUCUCCAUUCUUGGGUUCAAGAUCAUACUGAAAAAUCUGAAAAUAAUGAAUCAUUAAUAAUAAGUGAUUCAAAAUCUAUUAGUAUUCCAUCAAAUGAAAUAAUUCGAAGUAAAAGUGAUUCAUCAAUUGAACCUUUACAACAUAUAUCUAGAAAAGUUGCACGACAAACAAAAUAUCAAUCAGAAAGUAAAGGUCAACUUCAACCAUAUAAAACUUCUGAAGUUAAUUAUGAUGAUUUUAUACAUUCAAUUGAUAGAAAAAAUGAUACACUUUAUUUUGUAUCUUUUAAACGAGAUCAUCUUAUCCUUCCGGCUAAAGUUCAAAAUCAAACACAACGACCAAAAAUGUCUCUUAUUUUACCAGCAUCAAUGGCAAAUUUAAAUAAAUCAAUAAAUAUUCCAAAAAAUCAUGUACCAAUGAUAAAAAUUGAUUGUGAAGUUGAAGAUACAAAACUUGUUUUUGUUAAACAUACUCAUAUACCAACAUCAUAUCAAUAUGAUUUAUUUCAAUAUUAUUCAUCGACAUCACCAUCAUCGAUUUAA